UGAAUCACAGUCUGGGUCAGUUCGCCGAACGAUACUUGUGUCGAGUGGGAGUACUUGCGCGCGUGUGUUCUGUGAUCACAUGAGUGCGGGAGCCGUUUCAUACAAUAUUGUCACUUAUUAUUACUCAGUGUAUCUAAUCAGUGUACAGUGGUUCAUCGAAAAAGGUAGAAAACCAAACCGUGUCUGGCUAAAGGGAUAAUGUUCAAGCGUGUCGCCGAGAAGGCCGUCGAGGUUGCACGGAGUGAGACGAAACUCGCCGAGGAGAAUAAGAACGCGUGACAGGUCUGGGCGAGGCUCGAGGAAGACACGAGGGUCCCCGGGCGCAGCGAGGGAGGAAAUCGCGGCAGAUCGCGUCCCGCGUAGCAUUAGAAAGUAGAUAGAAAAUAGGUAAGAUGCUAGUCUUCCCGGGCAGCGGCGCGACAUCGACGAGGACGGCGAAGAUGGGAUCGAUGUUCUCGCAUCAACAGCAACUGCGUCUGCUCCUGUCGAUCCUGGUGCUGUUGUCUCCUCGGCUGCCGGUGCGUUCGACGCCGGCCGACAUAGUACAAAGGUUCCACGACCCGGAGGUCAAGCGUAUGAACCAUCUGGUCGUGGACAAAAACACCGGUCGGGUGUACGUGGGCGCGGUCAACCGGCUGUAUCAGCUCUCGCCGGACCUGAGCCUCGUCGUGGAGGAAGUGACCGGUCCGAAAGGGCAUUCUAACGAGUGCUCGAUGAUCGACUGUCCCCGCGAAACACCGACGCGACUCGUAGAUAACGUGAACAAGGCGUUGGUGAUCGAUUACACGACCACCAGACUGAUAUCGUGCGGGAGCUUGUUCCAAGGUACCUGCACCGUGAGGAACCUCCAUAACAUCUCGGACGUGGUGCAAGAGGUGAAGGAAGCAGUGGUCGCGAACAACGCGACGGCCUCUACAGUGGCGUUCAUAGCGCCCGGGCCACCUAACCCGCCUGUGUCUCAAGUGAUGUACGUCGGCGUCACGUUCACCGGGAACUCGCCGUACCGAUCGGAGGUGCCCGCGGUCAGCUCCAGAUCGCUGGACAAGGACAAAAUGUUGAACAUCGCGGAAGCCGCCGUCACCACCGGAACGAGGAUGUAUAUAAACUCGUUGUCGCGCGAGCGGUACCCCAUCACCUACGUGUACGGGUUCAGCAGCGGCGGGUUCAGCUACUUCAUGACCACCCAGAUGAAGAGCACCGAGACUCAGGUGCACAUAUCGAAACUGGUGCGGGUCUGCCACGAGGAUAUGCAUUACUACUCGUACACGGAGAUACCGAUCAACUGUACCAGCGACGGGACUUAUUACAACCUGGUACAGGCCGCGUACGUCGGCAAGGCCGGCUCGGUCCUAGCCAGCGAUUUAGGCAUCACUGCCCAGGACGACGUGUUGUUCGCCGUCUUCGCCGAGAGCAACGGCACCAAUACCGACGUACCCAAACCACAUUCCGCGCUAUGCGUCUAUUCGCUGAAGGCCAUCAGGAGAAAGUUCAUGACCAAUAUACAGAAGUGCUUCAGCGGCGAGGGACACCGGGGACUGGAGUACAUCUCACCGAGCCAUCAGUGCAUCUUAACG